AACCGAGGCAAUGCUCCACCACAACAUCCUUCUCUGUCUCUCUUUUCACUCUAACAAGUUUUUUUGGUUCAUCAAAAAAGUCAGCGCCAUUCUUUGUGCCUCUAAUUUCACCCUCUGUUUCAGUCUUAAUUUGCUCUCUCCCAGUUGUCUCCAUUGGGCAUAACAGAAACAGAAACACCAAACACAACUGAGAUUUAUUUUUCUGCAGGAAUUUCUAGAUAUAUAGUUAUAUACCCACAAACCAAUUCUUCUCUCUCAAAAAUGACUCAUGAGGAUUGGGAUCUCUUUGCCAUCGUUAGAAGUUGCAAAGCUGCUACAUUUACUGCCACCACAAACACAGAAACCCCACCCACCACUACCACCACCACCACCCCCAACACUACCUCUUGCUCGGGUUUGAGCCAAGAAAAUGGCUCAUUCUCUUUUCCCAAUCUGGUGCAACCAACAACCAAUGGGUUCCAAGAGCUUCAACACCAACAAUUGUUAAUAAACUUCAACCCCACCAACACCAUUACUAGCACUAGCACUAGCACUAGCACUAGUGGCCUUGGCAUCAAUCCCAAUUCCACGUUUUCUGAAGUUGCGGGAUUCAUUGGACAACAGCAGAUACAGCAAAGUCUCCACCACCAUCUCGUUCCUGCUCCCACAAAUCACACCUUCAUUGGAACACCCUCCACUACUGGUUUUGACAGGUUCCAACAACAGCAACUCCAAACCCCAGAACAACAGCAACCACAGCAAAACCAACCACCCCUUCAAGCACCACAAACAAGUCACAUCCUUUCACCAACCACACAACCACAAACACCCAGAUCAAGAAAAAGAAAGAGCCAGCAGAAGAAAAUGGUAUGCCAUGUAACCGCACAAAACCUCUCAUCAGACUUGUGGGCAUGGCGAAAAUAUGGACAAAAACCCAUCAAAGGCUCUCCAUAUCCAAGGAACUAUUACAGAUGCAGUAGCUGCAAAGGAUGCGCUGCGAGAAAGCAAGUAGAGCGAAGCACCAGCGAACCCAACACGUUCAUCGUGACCUACACCGGCGACCACAAACACGCGAAACCCGUUCACCGGAACUCCCUCGCCGGCAACACCAGAACAAAACUAUCCACCACCCGUUUACCCGAAACCCAUGAAACCGUGUCUUGUGUAAUAAUAGAAAACGCAUGCUCUUCAAACUCUGAGCUUUCUCCCAUGUCGGUAAGGUCCGACACGCUGGAAAACGAGGCAACGCUCGUACCCGGCGAACCCGAUUGCCCGGACACGGAUAUUGACCCUGAGGUGCCCUCUGAAGAAGACGAAGACGUUUUGAUACCCAACACAGGUGCCAUGUCAGACUCGAUUUUCUUGGGGUUGACCAAUUUUGACCGCGACGGCGUUUCCACGCUUUAAAUUGAUCUGAGUAGCAAUCCCGGGUCGACCCGGUCCGAUUUCGACCCGGUGUAGAUUCUUCGGCUCUUCACCCCGCAAAACUCGCCGACCUUCUGGAUGAUUGUAAUUACUAAUUUGUAAUAGUUUUAUUUUCUUUUAUAAAAAUGUAAAUAAAUAUAGUUUUAGUUUUUAAUUAUUUUAUUUUCUCGUACGACCUUAUAAUAAUGAG